GCCUCACAUUACCCCAUUGUUCUCACCCACAACUUAACUCUCCCCUCACCCUAUUUUUUUAAUAUUAAAAAAAUUUAGUGAAACAGUCUUCCCCAUUUUUUCCUACUUUUUGUUUAAGGAGUACAUCACUUAUUUCCGGCCUUCCAUUUCCCUCCUCACAUCGUUGCAUCCGCAAACUCUUUCUGAUGGAGAGCUUAGCCCUCCUCCCCACUCUCUCUCUCUCCACCACCACCACCACCUCAAAAGCUACCGCCUUCCUUCGCUCUUCCACCACUUCCCUCCACCAUCGCCGCCCUCAUCUCUCCCUUUCCCUCUCCUCCACCCCAAAACCCACCCUCACUUUCUCCUCCCACUCCCACUCUCUCUCCUCCAAACCCCUCCUAGCCCUUAAACCCCUCAAUGCCACCGCAUCCUCCUCCUCAUCACCCGCCACCACCUCACCACCACCAACAAAAAGUGGCGCAAAACUAAUCCCACUCAUCCUCUCAGUCUCCGUCGGACUCCUCCUCCGUUUCGCAGUCCCCAAACCCGCUGAAUUAACCCCCCAAGCAUGGCAACUCCUCGCCAUUUUCCUCUCCACCGUCGCGGGUCUCGUCCUUAGUCCUCUCCCCGUCGGCGCCUGGGCUUUCCUCGGUGUCACCGCCUCUGUCGUCACCAAAACCCUCCCUUUCCCCACCGCGUUCUGCGCCUUCACCAAUGAAGUCAUCUGGCUCAUCGUCAUCUCCUUUUUCUUCGCCCGUGGUUUCGUCAAGACCGGUCUCGGCGAUCGCAUUGCCACCUACUUUGUCAAGUGGUUGGGGAAGAGUACAUUGGGGCUGUCUUAUGGGCUCACCAUUUCUGAAGCCUUGGUUGCUCCUGCUAUGCCGUCUACUACGGCUAGGGCCGGCGGAAUUUUCUUGCCGAUCAUCAAAUCGCUUUCUAUCUCCUCCGGGAGUUUGCCUGGUGGGGAAUCCAGAAAGAAGCUUGGGACUUACCUUAUUAUGACUCAAUUUCAGUCUGCCGGUAACUCUAGUGCUCUUUUCCUAACUGCUGCAGCUCAAAACCUGUUGUGCCUCAAAUUAGCCGAGGAACUUGGUGUUAAGAUUGCAUCUCCGUGGGUGUUUUGGCUCAAGGCUGCUAGUUUACCAGCAUUUGUGGCACUCUUACUCACUCCACUUAUUCUUUACAAGCUCUAUCCCCCUGAACUCAAAGACACCCCAGAAGCCCCUGCUUUAGCUGCGGAAAAGCUGAAGAAUAUGGGGCCUGUCACAAAAAAUGAAUGGGUGAUGGUUGGUACAAUGCUUCUUGCAGUGUCACUCUGGGUAUUUGGGGAGAAAAUUGGUGUGUCAAGUGUUGUUGCUGCUAUGCUUGGACUGUCAGUGCUCUUGUUGUUAGGAGUACUGGAUUGGAAUGAUUGUUUAAAUGAGAAGUCAGCAUGGGAUACUCUUGCCUGGUUUGCCGUGCUCGUGGGAAUGGCCAGCCAAUUGACUAAUCUUGGUAUUGUAUCCUGGAUGUCUGGUUGUGUUGCAAGGAGCUUGAAAACAAUGAAUUUGAGCUGGCCUGCCGCAUUUGGUAUACUCCAAGCAGCUUACUUUUUCGUGCAUUACCUAUUUGCAAGUCAAACUGGCCAUGUUGGAGCUCUGUACUCCGCCUUCUUGGCCAUGAAUAUAGCAUCUGGAGUUCCUGGUGUGUUGGCAGCAUUGGCCUUAGCUUAUAAUACUAACUUGUUUGGAGCACUUACACAUUAUAGUAGCGGCCAAGCAGCAGUAUAUUACGGAGCUGGGUACGUGGACCUUCCUGAUGUAUUUAAAAUGGGUUUCAUUAUGGCGGUCAUCAACGCUACAAUCUGGACCGUUGUAGGGGGAGUUUGGUGGAAGAUAUUGGGGAUCUACUAACAUUGUAGUUUUUGUUAGGAGGUUUUUUAUUAACCCUCCUUGUAUAAUCCCAUUUUACAGGAUGAGAUCAUAUCAUUUGCUGGAAAUGCCAGUCACAUUCUUUUUGAGUCUAGUCAGAGUUGGAAUAUAGUUUCUUUUCUUGGUGGAGGUUUGAUAAAGAUGAAACACUCCUGAAUACAAUGAAAGGAAUUUUGCCUUUUCUUUCCUCUCGAAA